AACAAUUUUGAAAUAUUGCUUACACGUCAAAUAUCAGAUUGUAAUUCCCAAUUUUAUGUUUUUAAUGUUUAUUACAUGAAUUACUUUAUUUAAAACUGUAAAUAUAAAGUAAAGUACAUACUGAAUACAUUGAAUGUACAUACAUAGUUAAAAAAUCAUUCCAUUGUUAGGGCAACUAAUGUUUUGGUAGGCUAAGCUAAUCUUACAAAAUGGGCGGUCUAUUCAGUUACUUCCGAGGCUUAUUAGGAGCUCGAGAAAUGAGGAUAUUGAUCCUUGGUCUAGACGGCGCCGGGAAAACGACAAUAUUGUACAAAUUACAAGUCGGCGAGGUAGUGACGACUAUACCAACGAUUGGCUUUAAUGUAGAACAAGUUACAUACAAAAAUUUAAAGUUUCAAGUUUGGGAUCUUGGAGGGCAGACCAGUAUAAGGCCUUACUGGCGAUGUUACUAUGGCAACACGGAUGCAAUUAUAUAUGUUGUUGAUUCGGCAGAUAGAGAUAGAAUAGGAAUAUCUAAAGAUGAACUAGUUCACAUGUUAAGGGAAGAAGAAUUGUCAAAUGCGAUCCUUGUAGUGCUAGCGAACAAACAAGACAUGGCGGGAUGUCUCACAGUAGCCGAGGUGCAUCAGGCCCUCGGCCUCGACGCUCUGCGCGAUAGAACCUUCCAGAUAUUCAAGACCUCCGCCGUGAGGGGCGAAGGCCUGGACCAGGCGAUGGACUGGCUGUCGAAUGCACUGCAAGCGAGGAAAUAGCACCAAGAGCAUUUAAUAUCGAAAGACGUUUCGAGAGCAGCGUGCAGUGCUGUAGUCAUAUUAACCGCCAGUAGAAUAAGUACUUAGCAUCGCCGUUCCCUUGCUUAACAGAUAAUAAAUACAGAUAACAUAAUAAUUACAGAUUAAAUAAGAUUUCUGUCACUGGUAACACUGUUAUUCACUGGUUUUAAUAUUAUUGCGAAAAUAGUGGUGUUUUACUUUCUAAUUUUCGUUGUUGUUUAUGAAAUCGUAUUUAAUUUACUUGAUAAUUACAAACACAAUCAAAAUUGCUAGAGUCGUUGUCAUUUUAGGUUUGAUUACACAUAAAAUAGUAUGAGAUAUUGUGUCUUAUAUUUAUAUAAAUUAUUUUUAAUAUACAUAAUACGCUAAUGUACAAUAUUAUAGUCGUUGGU